AUGUAUAAGCUGUUAGGAGGACUAGCCAAUUACUUCAAAUACCAAGAGAUAGUGACUGAUUGUGCGAUAUUUCGCCUGCACAACAUUUUUACGUGCGCCCUUUUAAGUGCCUGUAGUUUAAUUAUCACCGCGAAUCAGUUCGUGGGGAACCCCAUACAGUGUAUAGUCGAUGGACUGCCUAAUAAUGUCGUUAAUACGUACUGUUGGAUUUCGAGUACGUUUACCAUGCCCGAUGCCUUCCAAAGACAGGUCGGAACGGAGGUAGCCCAUCCCGGUGUUGCGAAUGACUUUAACCAAGACGGAGCUCAAAAAUAUUACACCUACUACCAAUGGGUCUGUUUUGUACUGUUCUUCCAGGCUGUAGCUUGUUAUACUCCGAAAAUCCUGUGGGACGUUUCGGAAAACAACCUGAUGAGGACAUUAGUGAUGGGUCUGAAUGUUGGAGUUGGACGAGAGAAAGAAAAGAAUGAAAAAAAGGAAAUUAUUAUGGGCUAUCUCCUGGAUCAUGUCAAAAGACACAACUUGUACGCUCUGCGAUACUUCGGCUGCGAGUGUCUAUGCCUGAUCAACAUCAUAGUCCAGUUGUUCCUCAUGAACAAAUUCUUCGACGGCGAAUUCCUCUCCUACGGUUGGAGGGUCAUGCAAUUCUCGGACGCGGCACAAGAGGACAGAAUCGACCCAAUGGUGUACAUAUUUCCGAGAGUAACCAAGUGUUUGUUCCACAAAUAUGGUCCCACCGGAAGCAUUCAAAAACACGACAGUUUGUGCAUCCUGCCUUUGAAUAUAGUUAACGAAAAAACGUAUAUUUUCAUAUGGUUCUGGUUCAUGAUAAUGGCUACAUUGCUGACCGUGCUCAUCCUAUACAGGAUCCUAAUUAUAGCCUAUCCGAAAAUUAGGCCACGUAUUCUGCACGCGAAGAAUCGAAACAUUCCAAUAGAAGUUUGCAAGAGUCUGUGUUCCAAAGUAGAUAUGGGCGAUUGGUGGAUUUUACUUAUGUUAGGUGCAAACAUGGACCAUAUUAUAUACAGAGAAAUCAUUUCUGAGCUCGUUAAGAAAAUAGAACCUAGUACGAGUAGUCGUUGA